ACUGAGCGCUCAACUGCCAUUUUGUGGCAGAAGCUACUCUGCCAAAGCGGGUGAGGAAUUAAAACUAACUGCGAAGAAGCGUGUAGUUUAUUCCGACCUGGUUAAACUUUUUAGCGCUGCCUCUCUGCUUCCAGGCGGGACCACAGGGAGGAGAAACACUCAGAAACAGUUGUUGUUGUCAUGGACGGCAGCUCAGCAGAAGCUGUGGGGGAGGUGGACGCCCCCCCUAAAGACUUCCCAUCCAUCCAGGUCGUCCACAGCCAGGAGGCCCUGGUGGUGGAUCUCCUCCAGCAGGCGGCGGAGGCCGGGGGUGUGGUGCAGGGACCGGCAGCUGUCGUACUGGAGCAAGGUCAUGUGGAAGGAAUGGUAGCAGCUGCCCAAUCCCAGCAGGCGCUGCUGGAAGCUGGGGUCGGGGUGAGCGUGCAACGUGGAGAAGUAGAAAUGAUGGUCAUGGAUUCCCUGGAUCCCACCCUGAUGCAGAUGAAGACUGAGGUGAUCGAUGCUGCAGUUGGGGAAUCAUCAGAAACAGUUGGCGUGGUUGCAGGAGCAGCUCAUCAGGCUGCCGUGGCAACAGUGGACCAGACUCAGAUCAUCACCCUGCAGGUGGUCAACAUGGAGGAGCAGGCAGCUCUGGGUCUGGGAGAGCUGCAGCUGGUCCAGGUGCCGGUUUCUGCCGCUGCCGUGGACGCUCUGCAGCAAGGCGCAUUUGUGGACACCACAGCAAUGUCGAAGACUGGAGACCCUGUCAUCUGUCACACACUUCCUCUGCCUGAGGGCUUUCAGGUGGUCAAAGUUGGUGCUAAUGGGGAGGUGGAGACUGUGGAACAAGAAGAAGGAGUAGAAGCCCACUCUGAGGAGGACGAGGAGGAUGCGGAGGUGGGACAGCAGCUCCUGGAGGAAGGAGAGGAGGCUGCCCAGCCUGCAAACCAUCACCAUAACUGGGCUAAAGACCCAGACUAUCAGCCUCCAUCUGGGGGGGUCAAAAAGGCCAAGAAGGGGAAGAAGAGUCGCCUGCGCUACGCUGAAGGAGACAAGGACAUGGACGUCAGCGUGUACGACUUUGAAGAGGAGCAGCAGGAGGGCCUUCUGUCUGAGGUCAAUGCAGAGAAAGUAGUCGGCAACAUGAAGCCUCCAAAGCCCACAAAGAUCAAGAAGAAAGGGGUGAAGAAGACUUUCCAGUGCGAGCUGUGCAGCUACACAUGUCCUCGUCGCUCCAACCUGGACCGGCACAUGAAAAGCCACACCGAUGAGAGACCCCACAAAUGUCACCUGUGUGGAAGGGCCUUCAGGACAGUGACACUGCUGAGAAAUCAUCUCAACACACACACAGGGACUCGACCACACAAGUGCACAGACUGUGACAUGGCCUUUGUGACCAGUGGAGAACUGGUGCGUCACCGUCGCUACAAACACACACAUGAGAAGCCAUUCAAAUGCUCCAUGUGUGACUACGCCAGUGUGGAGGUGAGCAAACUGAAGCGGCACAUUCGCUCCCAUACUGGGGAACGUCCCUUCCAGUGCAGUCUGUGCAGCUACGCCAGCAGAGACACAUACAAGCUGAAGAGACACAUGAGGACACACUCAGGAGAAAAACCUUAUGAGUGCUACAUCUGCCACGCCCGAUUCACCCAGAGCGGAACCAUGAAGAUGCACAUCCUGCAGAAACACACAGAGAACGUGGCCAAGUUCCACUGUCCACACUGUGACACGGUCAUCGCACGCAAGAGUGACCUGGGGGUUCAUCUGCGGAAGCAGCACUCGUUUAUUGAGACCGGGAAGAAGUGUCGAUAUUGUGAUGCUGUUUUCCAUGAGCGCUACGCUCUAAUCCAGCAUCAAAAGUCCCACAAGAAUGAGAAAAGGUUCAAGUGCGACCUGUGUGAUUACUGCUGCCGUCAGGAGCGCCACAUGGUCAUGCACCGGCGGACCCACACAGGAGAGAAGCCGUUCGCGUGCAGCCAGUGUGAAAAGACCUUCAGGCAGAAGCAGCUGCUGGACAUGCACUUCAAACGCUACCACGACCCCAACUUUGUUCCCACAGCUUUUGUUUGCCCCAAGUGUAGCAAGACGUUCACCCGCAGGAACACCAUGGCUCGUCAUUCUGAGAACUGUGGCGGGGAGGUGGAGGAGUUUGAGAACGGAGCUGCCACUCCAAAGAAAGGCAGGAGAGGAAGGAAGAGGAAGAUGAGAAGCAGAAGGGAUGAGGAUGAUAGCGAAGAUGACAUCCCCGAACAAGACGAGGGUGAGGAUGAGGGUGAAGAAGAAGCAGCACUGCUGCAGGAGGAGGAGGACCUGGAGGGCAUGGAGCUAGACCAGGCUCCUGCUGUUAUCCCAGUUGUGGCCCCAGAGGAGCCUCCAGUGAAGAGAAAACGAGGCCGACCCCCCAAGAACCCCAAACCUCAGACCCCCAGCAGAGUCGGGGCUGCUUCUUCUGCUGCCACGAUUCAGGUGGAGGACGAGCUGACGGGCGCAGUAGAGAACAUCAUAGUGAAAAAGGAGGGGGGCGACGCAGCACCUUCUGUGAAGCAGGGAGCGGGCCUGACAGUGGAAGGAGGGGUGGGUGGUGGUGAGGGGGUGGAGGAGGUGGAGCUGACUGUGAACCAGGAAACAACAGCAGCUACUGCUGCUAAUGGAGAUCUCACACCAGAGAUGAUCCUCAGCAUGAUGGACCGCUGAGCAGCAGAGGGUGGAGGCCCCACCCUGUGCUCCACCUGCACCCCUCCAGCUCCACUCUGGUCCAGGCUGAGCUGCUCUCUGACCGUUAAGACUUUUCUCCACUGAAUCAAUCUGCUUGUUUUGCUACUUUGUCCUAC